GCCAUUUACUCCCGCGGCGCAGCGCACAAGGAGCCCUCCCGUGCGGUACCAUCCUGGAGCCCGCCCAGGUCACUUUCAUGAAUUCAAAAGCAAUUUACCAGUGAUUUCUGGGUGCUGGGGCUGAUUGUUUUGUGCGUAUUUAAGAAUGUCUUCCAAGCAAGCCACCUCUCCAUUUGCCUGUACAGCUGAUGGAGAGGAAGCAAUGACCCAAGAUUUGACCUCAAGGGAAAAAGAAGAGGGCAGUGAUCAACAUGUGGCCUCCCAUCUGCCUCUGCACCCCAUAAUGCACAACAAACCUCACUCUGAGGAGCUACCAACACUUGUCAAUACCAUUCAACAGGAUGCUGACUGGGACAGUGUUCUGUCGUCUCAGCAAAGAAUGGAGUCAGAGAAUAAUAAGUUAUGUUCCCUAUAUUCCUUCCGAAAUACCUCUACCUCACCACACAAGCCUGACGAAGGGAGUCGGGACCGCGAGAUAAUGACCAGUGUUACUUUUGGAACCCCAGAACGCCGCAAAGGGAGCCUUGCCGAUGUGGUGGACACACUGAAACAGAAGAAGCUUGAGGAAAUGACUCGGACUGAACAAGAGGAUUCCUCCUGCAUGGAGAAACUACUUUCAAAAGAUUGGAAGGAAAAAAUGGAAAGAUUAAAUACCAGUGAACUUCUUGGAGAAAUUAAAGGUACACCUGAGAGCCUGGCAGAAAAAGAACGGCAGCUCUCUACCAUGAUUACCCAGCUGAUCAGUUUACGGGAGCAGCUCCUGGCAGCGCAUGAUGAACAGAAAAAACUGGCAGCCUCACAAAUUGAGAAACAACGGCAGCAAAUGGACCUUGCUCGCCAACAGCAAGAACAGAUUGCAAGACAACAGCAGCAACUUCUGCAACAGCAGCACAAAAUUAAUCUCCUGCAACAACAGAUCCAGCAGGUUCAGGGUCACAUGCCUCCGCUCAUGAUCCCAAUUUUUCCACAUGACCAGCGGACCCUGGCAGCAGCUGCUGCUGCCCAACAGGGAUUCCUCUUCCCCCCUGGAAUAACAUACAAACCAGGUGAUAACUACCCCGUACAGUUCAUUCCAUCAACAAUGGCAGCUGCUGCUGCUUCUGGACUCAGCCCUUUACAGCUCCAGCAGCUCUAUGCCGCUCAGCUGGCCAGCAUGCAGGUGUCACCUGGAGCAAAGAUGCCAUCAACUCCACAGCCACCAAACACAGCAGGGGCAGUCUCACCUACUGGGAUAAAAAAUGAAAAGAGAGGGACCAGCCCUGUAACUCAAGUUAAGGAUGAAGCAGCAGCGCAACCGCUGAAUCUCUCAUCCCGACCCAAGACAGCUGAGCCUGUAAAGUCCCCAACUUCUCCCACCCAGAGCCUCUUCCCAGCCAGCAAAACCAGCCCUGUCAAUCUGCCUAACAAAAGCAGCAUCCCCAGCCCCAUUGGAGGAAGCUUGGGAAGAGGAUCCUCUUUAGAUAUCCUGUCCAGUCUCAACUCUCCUGCCCUGUUUGGGGAUCAGGAUACAGUGAUGAAAGCUAUUCAGGAGGCUCGGAAGAUGCGAGAACAGAUCCAGCGGGAGCAACAACAGCAGCAGCCACAUGGUGUUGAUGGGAAACUGUCCACCCUGAAUAAUAUGGGGCUGAACAACUGUAGGAAUGAAAAGGAAAGAACACGCUUUGAAAAUUUGGGGCCCCAGUUAACAGGAAAGUCAAGUGAAGAUGGAAAGCUGGGCCCAGGUGUCAUCGAUCUUACCCGGCCAGAAGAUGCAGAGGGAAGUAAAGCAAUGAAUGGCUCUGCAGCUAAACUACAGCAGUAUUAUUGUUGGCCAACAGGAGGUGCCACUGUGGCUGAAGCACGAGUCUACAGGGAUGCCCGAGGCCGGGCCAGCAGCGAGCCACACAUCAAGCGACCAAUGAAUGCAUUCAUGGUUUGGGCAAAGGAUGAGAGGAGGAAAAUCCUUCAGGCCUUUCCUGACAUGCAUAACUCCAACAUCAGCAAAAUCUUAGGAUCUCGUUGGAAAUCCAUGUCCAACCAAGAAAAGCAACCUUAUUAUGAGGAGCAGGCCCGGCUAAGCAAGAUCCACUUAGAGAAGUACCCGAACUAUAAAUACAAACCUCGACCGAAACGCACCUGCAUUGUCGAUGGCAAGAAGCUCCGGAUUGGGGAAUACAAGCAACUGAUGAGGUCUCGGAGACAGGAGAUGAGGCAGUUCUUUACUGUGGGGCAGCAGCCUCAGAUUCCAAUCACCACAGGAACAGGUGUUGUGUAUCCUGGUGCUAUUACUAUGGCAACUACCACACCAUCACCUCAGAUGACAUCUGACUGCUCUAGCACCUCGGCCAGCCCAGAGCCCAGCCUCCCGGUCAUCCAGAGCUCUUAUGGUAUGAAGACAGACGGUGGAAGCCUAGCUGGAAAUGAAAUGAUUAAUGGAGAGGAUGAAAUGGAAAUGUAUGACGACUAUGAAGACGACCCCAAAUCAGACUAUAGCAGUGAAAAUGAAGCCCCGGAAGCUGUCAGUGCCAACUGAGGAGUGUUUGUUUGCUGAAUUAAAAUACUCUGACAUUUCACUUCCCCUCCCCCAACAAAAAAAGUUCUUAAAGAGCCCGCAUGCAUUUGUGGCUCCACAAUUACAUCAGCAGAAUGGUCUUAAUUGUUUCGUAAAGCGUGAGACAGAUUAAGUUUUCCCUGAUUUUUCAUGAACUUGAGUUUUUUUGUCGUUAUUGUUGUUGUUGUUGUUUUUUAAUUUAGGUGAAGACAUAUUAAAUAUGAGACACCAGGACUUGAAAACUUAU